GCACCGCACAAUGGCCCGACCGCCGCCACUACCGGGGCCUGAGCGGGCCUGGCGGAGCCCGAGCGCGGCCCGGCCCGCAGCGCGGGGCCCCGAGCGUGGUGAAGAGGUUGUUUUCUGAAGGCUGCAUCGGAGACUGUGACAGAACAGAGAACCCAUGUGGAGCUGAUGGGGAGGUUUUCUGAGUAACAUGGCCCUUUGCCAUUAGCCUUGCCAUGACCACAUUUUUCACCAGCGUCCCCCCCUGGAUUCAAGAUGCAAAGCAGGAGGAAGAAGUGGGCUGGAAAUUAGUUCCCAGGCCUCGGGGCCGGGAGGUGGAGAGUCAAGUGAAGUGCCAAUGUGAAAUCUCGGGGACAUCCUUUUCAAAUGGGGAGAAGCUGAGACCUCACAGCCUCCCCCAUCCAGAACAAAGACCAUAUAGCUGCCCUCAACUGCACUGUGGCAAGGCUUUUGCCUCCAAGUACAAGCUGUAUAGGCAUAUGGCCACCCACUCAGCUCAGAAACCCCACCAGUGCAUGUACUGUGAUAAAAUGUUCCACCGCAAGGAUCAUCUGAGGAACCAUUUGCAGACCCACGACCCCAACAAGGAGGCCCUCCACUGUUCUGAGUGUGGGAAGAAUUACAACACAAAGCUGGGCUAUCGGCGCCACCUGGCCAUGCACGCCGCCAGUAGCGGUGACCUGAGCUGCAAGGUGUGCCUGCAACCCUUUGAGAGCACCCAGGCCUUGCUCGAGCACUUGAAGGCCCACUCACGCCGGGUAGCAGGCGGGGUGAAGGAGAAGAAACACUCCUGCGACCACUGUGACCGGCGGUUCUAUACACGGAAGGAUGUGCGGCGGCACCUGGUGGUACACACAGGCAGGAAGGACUUCCUGUGCCAGUACUGUGCCCAGCGGUUUGGCCGCAAGGACCACCUGACCCGCCAUGUGAAGAAGAGCCACUCGCAGGAGCUGCUCAAGAUCAAGACAGAACCAGUAGACAUGUUAGGCCUUCUCAGCUGCAGCUCCACCGUCAGUGUGAAAGAAGAGCUGAGCCCCGUGCUGUGUAUGGCCUCACGGGACGUGAUGGGGCCCAAGGCCUUCCCGGGCAUGUUGCCCAUGGGCAUGUAUGGCGCCCACAUCCCGACCAUGCCCAGUGCGGGCGUGCCACACUCCCUGGUGCACAACACGCUGCCCAUGGGUAUGAGCUACCCCCUGGAAUCUUCCCCUAUCUCUUCCCCAGCUCAGCUUCCUCCAAAAUACCAGCUCGGAUCUACCUCAUACUUGCCCGACAAAUUGCCCAAAGUGGAGGUGGAUAGUUUUCUGGCGGAGCUUCCUGGAAGCCUGUCCCUCUCAUCCGCCGAACCCCAGCCCGCCUCACCUCAGCCGGCGGCAGCUGCGGCCCUCCUAGAUGAAGCACUGCUCACCAAGAGCCCCGCCAACCUCUCCGAGGCCCUCUGCGCUGCUAAUGUGGACUUUUCCCACUUACUGGGCUUUCUUCCACUCAAUCUGCCCCCAUGUAACCCACCGGGGGCCGCUGGAGGCCUGGUCAUGGGCUAUUCCCAGGCUGAGGCACAACCCCUGCUCACCACUUUGCAAGCUCAGCCGCAGGAUUCCCCAGGAGCUGGGGGGCCGCUGAACUUUGGACCUCUGCACUCCUUGCCUCCUGUCUUCACAUCGGGCCUGAGCACCACCACUCUGCCUCGUUUCCACCAGGCAUUCCAGUAACAAACCUCCACCCCAGGAGGCCUCAGCUCAGUCUUGGGCUCUCUGUCAGGGAACUUCAGCACCCACCCCGUUUGCAUCCCCUAUGAAGGCAGCUGAACGUUCAGAGCUGGGUUCCAAGAGAAAAAUUCCAGUUUCUGUUUGGAGCACUUGGUUUGAGGUUCAGGCUCUAGGAUCAAUUUCAGGAGGAGCCAUGAGCCCCAACCCCAUGAGAAGAUCUCAUACCGUGGGACUUCAGGUAUAUUUCCUUUCCUUUUUAUUUUGUCUGAAAUGCGAGUCAUGCUUGACCUCCUCCAUCUCUAACGCAUCAGAACCCCCUUCUCUUUGGAGGGGGGAGAGGCCUCUUGGCGACACAGAGGGAUUCACAUUGGGUGACCUCACGAGAAUGAGCCCAAGAAACCUGCCUUCUGGUCCCAAACUGCAGACGCCUCAGCAGUCUGUCAGGCCCUGCUGCAGAGGGUCACUUGCUCCAUCGCCUGCUUCCAGGCAAUGGGCAGGAGAGAGGGUCUCUGUCUAGCACCCCACCCUCCUCUGUCUGUCAACACCUCCAUUUUCAGUCAGUGUUGUCCAGCAACGGUACCGUUUACACAGUCGCCUCAGACACACCAUUUCACCUCCCUUGCCGCUCAAGCUGUUAGCCUUAGAAUGAUUGCAGUGAACUUUGUUUCAACACUGUGAAUCCAUUCCCAUCAGUCCAUUCCAGUCGUCACCAGCCAGAACCACUUGGUACCUGGUGUUCACUGGAGCCCUGUUUACAAGGUGGAGUCGGGUCUCGCUGACUUCUCUUCAUUUGAGGUCACAUUUUUUUUCCCCUGUGGGGAAAUAAACUGACUUUGGACUGCUUCACUCUCUGCCAUCUUCCAUGACUGUGUGUUGGCCUCUCUCUUCAGUGAUCGCAGAAGACAAGCAAAAACAAUGGAGCAGUCUUCUCACAGGUCUGCAAUUCUGUUUUUCUCCAAGUCCCUCAUGACCCCCUCCACCUCUCUUUGAACCAGAGAGGGGAAGAAAUGCAAGACACCCCCAACUUUAUCACCUCCCUAUUCCCUGACCCCCCCCACCCUGAACAUCAUGAGCCUGUAUCAUUAGUCUCAGAAGGAGGAACUCAGGGUCUGGGAUGGUGUGGAGAGCAAAGGAGAGGGUAUGAGUACCUCAUUUGUCUCUCUCUCAACUGUUCCUUUUCCAAGAAGUUGUGGAUUGUUGGAAGAAGGGUUUUCCACAAGUUAGGACUGGGCCUAGUCCAUGGGUACAUCAUCACCUCCCAUCCCACCCUUGUUUCCUAUCUCGAGUUCCCUCCUCUCCCCUGCACAUGCCAGGCCCUGUGAACUCAAGGCCACUGUGCUUCUCUGUUCCUGUUGAAGAAUUUCCACCUUCCUCUUGUGCAAAACUCCCUAUCUCCUCCAUUUUAUUGUCAGCAAGAUUUUCUCCAAUGAUUAUUUCUUCUGUUCUGACUUGUGGGGCUUUCUACCACAGACAGCAUGGCCCUUACCAAGCUGAACUCCAUUUCUGCUUCAUCUCAGUUCUGCAUGGGCUUCACUUCCCAUUCGUGGAAGGGAGGCAGCUCGGGGACCACCACUGUGGGGCCCUCUUGAGAUGCCUCCAUUCGAAUUCAGAAACACACUUCUACCUCUUUACUGUUAACUCCUAUAGAUGCAGUCAGCAAUCUCCGGCACGUCUCAGCCUCCCGCUGGCUUCUCCACUAGGGUUUCAGGACAAACUACCAAGAAACUGCCUCAAUCUCCUCCCAGUCCUCUCCCUCUUUCGUCUAGAAAUCACUUUGGUUUAUCGUCAGGAACUGAUCAGGUCCGAGACCCAGGCUUCUGCUUCAGCCUAUGCCAGUACUCUCUCUGAGGUGAAAAGCCUUAAAAUACAGCUCCCUGGCUCUUGAGCGGAAGCAUUGUGGAGCCAAUCAGCAUGUUUUGAUUUAGGCAGGGUAGCACGGGCUACCUUUGAGGCAAAACAAAAUCAGAUAUAAAGAUGUCUGAAAAGGUUAUAAUCAGACUAGGUGAUUUACUUCUAAAAAUUAAUUUCAGUGAGUCCCAGGGACUAAUUAAGGUUUGUUUUUAAAAGCGUCCGCCUCGGUUCGCAGCCACCUCCUGCAUGCUGUGCAUGUUAAAGGGACUCGUAUUAUGGGAAAUGGUACGCGAGGAGCCAUGUGGAACUCUGCCAUUCUCCCUUCUAGCCCCCUCCCCCCAUGCCCUUCACCUGCUCCCCCCCUUCUCUGCUACCCACCCCUACACAAUGGUGAGUGGGCCUCUGGCCACAAACUAUAAAGACUGUUAAGAGGAGCUCCCUCCUCUCUGCCUGCUUUUUCCUAUUCCUUCCUUUAACUGGGAAAUUCCUAGGAUAGGCAAAGCAAUGCUGUUUCAACGUUUCAACCUUCCAACCAGGGUCCUGCCCCUCUCCCACAUAGUCCCUCUUAGCCUGUCCUUCCUCACCUUCUUCCCCCUCUUUCAGUGCCCUCACCACAUCACCCACAAGGAACUUCCCUAGCACUGUGAACCUUGCUGGUGCAGAGGAACAUCUGUUUUGUUUGUUUUGUUUUGGACCAUAGCUACCCAGCUGUUUCUUAAACUUCCCUUCCUAAAAUUAAAAAAAAAUGGAAAAAAAGGCUUAUUGGCCUGUUUUUAUUUUCAGAGGAUGAGAAUAGCUUUGUCCACACAGUACCAAAUCCACUUGCAUCCCUUUAUUGAGGCCAUGAACUUAAGGGACUUCUACCCAGGACAGGAGCCAUGGCACUCUGGCAGAGACCAAACAGGGACCAGGUAAAGGGGUGCCAUCUCUUUCCCCAGCACUCCUCCAGUCCCUGUGUGCAGUGAGUUGCUCUGUGCGUGGCUGGCAGGCACCUCCGUCCUGUACAAAGCUGGGUCAGGCUGAGUUCACCCAGCUCGGGUGCACGGUUGUGCAUAUCUGAGGCAGAUGAAGGAGGGAAAGGAGCCCCUGCGUGUUCCCACCCCCCUCCACAAAUGGCAUUUUGUUACGAAAAUCCGGGAAGCAGGUGUGAUUACUCUCAUGCUCGUAGAUACUAUCCUAAGUUGAAAUUCCUCCGCUACCCCCAACUUUUCCUUAGUAGCCCCUGAAACCUGCCCCCUUCCUAUUCUGGUAGGUAGUGUUUUCUCCCGCCACUCCCUUUUCCCCUCUUAUCUAGGAGCUGUUUUAAGCACGAUUUUUUUUUAACAGUUUAUAUUGUACAGGAUCAAUAUUGCUUUUUAACAAGGAUAUUUAUGUAAUAAGAAAAUUUGCCUUAGGCGGGUGUUGGCCAGAAUAGUCCAGAUUCCUCUGGGACCCGACCCUGGCCUCUCCUGGAGCUCUGAACCUGCUGUGGAAGAAGUUGGCUGUGGUCCCCGCUGGAGAGUUGGGGUGUAGUGAGGGAAAGAGGUGUCGGGUUUUGACAGUAGAAAGAGUCACCCAAGAAUCUAGUGCCUCUGUGGAGGCCCGGGUAACAGCUUUCCAGUCAUUUCCUUUAGAUGCAAGCUGAUGCCCAUGACGGCAACUCCACCUCCAAGAUUCGAAUGCACUAGAUCUGAAACACCACUUCUUGCACCCUACACGGAUCUCCUCUAGUGGUCAAGGCAUUGGAGCCAUUCUUCUGUGACGCCAGAUUAUUUAAAGAGAAAAAUACAAGCAAGACAAAACCUUCUAGCACUUUGUAAACACAGUGAAUAACCUCUUGGAGUAUUUUUGGCUUUAUAUAAAACAAGGUUUUUAAUUGUAAAGUAUAAGUGCCAUUAGAAAAAUGCACAGGGCAUAUCUUUGUUAAAGUAGAUUUUUCAAUGUUUUACAGAAUUACAUUUUCAAAAGUUUUUAUAAUGAAGUUGUUUAUUAAAAACUUCUGAAUGA